AAGAGCAAUCUCAGAGAAUACUAUCUCCACUAAAUCUAUCUACAACAGAUAUAUUUAUAUAGUUAAUUGAAGAAAUUUUCAUGUUGAAAAGGAAAUUCAGAUUUUUCCUUUUUUAAACCUUGUUUGAAUGACCAUUGGAUAAGGUCAUAGCACAUUUACAGGUUUUCUUACUAUGGGCUUUCUAAUUUCAAGGCCUAGAAAAGAAAUAUACACUUUUUUCUGUCAGACCUAGUUAUGUACUUGACCUUGGCUUAGAACACUCCCAGAUAAUAACGGUUACCAUUCUUUGUAUCAAGUAUGGGCUUGCAGUGUAUGUUUCACUGUUAUAAAGUCAUGGAGAACACAAGAAGUGAACAGUUUUACCAAUGACCUUACAUGCGUAUAUUGCCUAAAUGAUCUUCAAUGAUAAUGAUUACAAAACCAUAGGUCAUAAGCAACGAUGUACAUGCAUCUAAUGUUUCUCUCAUACAAGGUUAUUGAUAAGAUUUAUAUUAAAUUUUUCUGCAAGUGACCUUAAACUUACACUAUACAUGUAACCUUGUGUCAAGGUCAUGAUCUACCUUCAAGUGGUAUAUAAUUAUCUCUUUGUUUCCUUGAUCAUGCAAUUUGUAUAUGUUAUAAGAAAUUUCAAGGCAGGAAUUACAUAAUUUUCUGACAGAUUAAGACUGGCCUUGAACUUAUACAAAUGACCUUGGCACAAGGUCAAGUCACAAUGUCAGGUCAUAAGUAAUCUUUUUUAAAGCAGGAACUUCCAAUGUUUCUCAGAGAGUUAUGGACAGGAUAUGAAUUAUAGUAAACAUUUUCUGUGACUAAUAAUGAACUUGCCUUAAUGACCUUGCUUUAACAUGAUCACAUAUCCUCAAUACAACAUAUAGUUGCUGUCUGGGUACACUUGCACAGACAUACCGUAAAGUUGCUGCUUCAUCCUACAUUUUGGUUUUGGGGGAGAUGGGCAGAAACUAAUAAUUCUGAUAUUUCCUAAAGAUUGCCUACCAUCGUAUCAAUAUUCUUUUUUAAAAGCACGCCAGGACCCAGUUGCUCAAAACCUUGGUUAAAUUUAACCACUGGUUAAGCUAACCAGUGGGUAAAUUUACUAUCCACUGGGUAUCUAAACACUGGUCAAAAUUCUGUUGCUCAAAGUGAGUUUAGCCCUAGGACUUACUAACCAACGGUUUAGUACUUUAACCAGUGGUUAGUAUCCCACAAUGCAACAUCUGUCGUCUGUAUAUGUAAACAAUAAUGGCUACCAACACAAACAAAAAACGAAGUGAGAAUUUCUCACCAGAGGAGACACUAUUUCUAGUGGAACUAGUUGAAGAACAUUUAAGUUUGCUCAAGUCUAAACAGACAAACCAAGUUACUAAUGCUAAAAAAGCUGCUGUGUGGCGACAUAUUACGGACGCUGUCAAUUCCAGAGGGUCGGGGGUAGUGCGUUCGAUAGACCAGGUAAAGGAAAAAUAUAGAAAGGCCUGCUCGAAGGCAAAAGUGGAGAAACACCUCCAGAAGACUCACCGUGUCAAAACCGGGGGCGGUCCGCCUCCUCAGCCAAUUGAUCCGGUGUCGCAAAAAAUAUUAGAUAUCCACUACGAUUCCCCCAACUUUAUUGGGAUCGGGGGAGGAGUUGAGGUCGGAGGCCUCAUAAUCCAAGAAGUACCAGCUAUACCUACAUGUAUGUUAGAGAAAGCUGAGAGUUCAGGUUUUCAAACCAUCAAUGAAGAGACAGUCACCUUUGAAGGCCAAGGUAGUACAGAGACAAUUCUUCAACUCCCAGAAAAUUUGGAAGGUAAAACAAAGAAGAGGAAAAUUGGUCAGGAAAGUCUGCAAGAUCUUCAGAAAAGUGUAUUGAGAGAGGAUAGGGAGAGGAUCUUGCUAAUGAAAGAACUUAUUAUAUUGCAGAAAGAAAAAGUUGCAUUAGAAAUUAAAAAACUGCAGAUGGAAUUACCAUCUAAGCCAACAGAAAAUGAGAUGUAGUAUAUUAAGUGGCUCGACACACAGUAAAAUUCACCUGUAGUAAGCUAUUCUGAUCAUGUUGUCUGUCAUCUGUUUGUCUGUAAAAUUUCCACAUGUAUAUAUAUAUGUUAGUCAUAUUGGUGUUGCUGGAUCUCUUUGUUAUGUGAAUUCAUUUUCAGUUAUGUUGUGAUCCUCUGGGGCUAGGUUAAGGGCACAAUAUGGGGGUAAAAAUGUUAUGGGAAUAAAUAUUGAUGAAAAAAAGUUUUUUGAAAAUCACAACAGGUAAACAAUGACAGGUUGAAGGUGAAUCAGGUGAGCAAUGAGGCCCAUGGGAUACCUCACUUGGGGGUGGAGUUAAAAGUAGCAAUUAUACUGACUAUAAUUAAAAAUAAUUUUGAACAAUGAA